GCAACUCUUUAACCUCCGUGCUAAAUAGGAUUCAAACUAGUCUCCAGUACCUUCCCACAUUUUUGUUUUCCAGCUAUAGCAUCCAAAAUAAUAGGUAAUAGGUCAACUAUUCCACGAUUCUGGGAGUGGGUAGUGGCGUCGUUUGCUCUCCAGUCCAGCAGGUGUCAGUGAGGAGUCGCAGAGCCAGAGCAGGAGCGGGUUUGUUUUCCUUAGCCGUUAGCAUAUGAAGCUCUUGUAAAAGAUGCCCGUGUCUGUCAUGAUGGCUGAAUUUGAUGAAAAGCUGCUGUUGCAGUUUGAAACUCAAGAGCUGGAGGCUCCUGGUGGCAUUGCUACGCCUCAAGUGUAUUCCCAGUUACUAGUCCUGUAUCUCCUGCACAAUGACUUGCAUAAUGCCAGAUACCUUUGGAAACGGAUACCACAGGCAAUCAAAACAGCAAACCCAGAGCUGGCUGCUAUAUGGGCCGUAGGACAACGUAUCUGGCAGCGAGAUUUUCCAGGGAUCUACACAGCUAUUGAUGCUUACCAGUGGUCUGAAGGCAUUCUCCCUGUGAUGGAAGCUUUAAGAGAGUCCACCCGUAGGAGAGCAUAUGGGCUAGUAGCGCAAGCUUACACCUCUAUCAGUGCAGAAGACUUUGCUGCCUUUGUGGGAUACUCUGUAGAAGAGGCGGUCAAAGGUGUAGUUAGCCAUGGGUGGCAGGCGGAUCCAAACACCAGGAUGAUCAUGCCACAGAAACCAGAUCCGCCCCCGGUCUCUCUGGUUCCAAACGAACAACAGCUGGCUAGACUUACCGACUACGUGGCUUUUCUUGAGAACUGAUAAGCAUUCCACCCUCUUCCAUCCUCUUCCUCACCACCUCUCAGAUACUCAGUUUUACGGAAGAAACCUGUGGUGUCCAGGACACUUCACACACAUUCAUCUGUCCUGCUUCAGUGAUGGAGCCACCAUCUUUCUUUUGUCUGUUUUGCUUCUUGAACUUGUCAGCCACAGUGAUGUAGAAAAGUUUCCAGAUUGUUUUACUUGUACAACUUUUACAUCUACUUUGGAGUAUGACAUUGCUGUCAAUAUUGUAAAAUAUUUUUUUAGCAUAAUUGCUUCACUAUAUGCACAUAUUGUCCAGGCUUUUUGUGCUGUUUUGUUGUUACAGGUCAAAAUUGGAUCCUUAUGUAAUUUCAUACUAACAAAGACGAUUGUUAAUGAUGGUUAGGACUUCCUUUUACAAAUGGUGUACAAAAUCACUCAUCAGAAUCGCCACAUUUGUCUAGAUGUGUAAUUAAUUUUUUAUCAUAUAAAUUUUGCCACAUCA